AUGUCGGUAGCCGCCCCAUCAAAGUCGCAGAUCUUGAAUCUGUACCGCCGAUACUUGAGGACAUCGCAGUCAUUUUCGUCGUACAACUUCCGCACAUACUUCCUGCGUCGGUCGCGCGACAUGUUCCGAUCGACGCUUCUGCCCGCCUCGCAAGCGGCGCAAUCAUCUCCCUUCUCCAAGCAGGGUUCGACCACCACGCCCGUUUCGCCCUCGACGUUGCUCUCACCGGAAACGAUUCGUCAGCCAGGGGGCUCGGAUGAGUCCAUCUCUGCAGCAUCGCUCACAGACACGGAAAAGCUGUCCAAGUUCUACCAGACCGCACUCGAGGAUCUCAAGGUGCUCCAAAGAUCGGCGCUCAUGAACCGCAUGUACGAGGGCGAGAAGCUGGUGGUGGAGAAGCCGAGGUUGAUCGUGGGAGGCGGUGGUGCCGGUGCAGAGGCGAGUGUGGGUGGUGGUGGUCAGCCUGUGGCAGGACCCCAGAGCAGCGGUGGCGCGCCUCCCAGUGGUUAG